ACAGAGCUGCCAACAGUUUUAUAAUCCAUUUAAAUCAAAUUAAAGCAAGAACUGUAAAAAUAUCAGCAGAGAGAGAGAGAGAUCUAUCAUUCAUUUUUUUUUUCAAAUUUGAUCAGUGUUUGAAGUUGAGGAGAUGGCAACAGCAGUGAUGACCUCUCUCCCACAGUUCAGUGGGCUAAGACCCAAAUCAUCAUCAUCUGCUUCACCAAUUCAAACCCUGGUAGCAGUUCAACCAAUGAGACGUAGGGGGAAGGGAGCUUUAGGCGCUCGCUGCGAUUUCAUCGGCUCCCCCACAAAUUUGAUAAUGGUGUUUUCAACAAGCUUGAUGCUGUUUGCGGGUCGGUUUGGGUUGGCUCCAUCAGCAAACAGGAAAGCCACAGCAGGGUUGAAGCUUGAGAUAAGGGAGUCUGGCCUUCAAACUGGUGACCCUGCUGGUUUCACCCUUGCAGAUACCUUGGCUUGUGGCUCUUUUGGUCACAUUAUUGGUGUUGGGGUUGUUCUUGGCCUCAAGAACAUUGGUGCUCUUUGAAUAAACAUAUGUUCUAAAAUUUGUUAAUUAAUAUAUAAUAGAACUUUCUUGUUGUUUCAAUUUACAUCA